AUGGCCGACACAGCUGGCUAUCCCACCCACGACGCCAAGGCGCUCGACUCAGUUCACAACAACAAGCGCAAGCGCGAAUCACGCGGAGAUCACGCUUCUAGGCCUGCUCCCGGAGACUCUUCUAGGGCCACCAACUCAUCAGCUGGUGCAGCGGAUCUGACCGACCAAACCACCGCUGCUUUCCUCGCAGCUCACAACGCCGCCGCCGACGACAGCAUGCAGAACUCCUCCCUCGACUUCGGCCUCCAGCAGAAUGGUGGCGCGAGCUCGUCAAACGCUGGAGAUACCGCUGCCGCUGCACUUGCCCACUAUUCCAUGACAGUCCCGCAAGCCACGGAGCUUUCCUUCCAAGCCACAGGAUCCGCGGGAGAUGGAACGUCUUUCAUGGGCGAUCAUGGGGUCCAUCAACAGCAACAGCAUGGUAUGCCCGACACCAGCAUGGAUGUUUUGCAGACACCUUCUAAAUAUGAAGAUCCAGGCAACUCCGCUGCUAAUGAUUCGCCGCCAAACGCAGGCGGCCACAAGCCCACGGUCGGCUCCGACGAAUGGCACAAGGUGCGGAGAGACAAUCACAAGGAGGUUGAGCGUCGUCGUCGCGAAACCAUCAAUGAAGGCAUCAACGAACUCGCGAAGAUCGUUCCUGGCUGCGAGAAGAACAAGGGCUCUAUCCUUCAACGUGCCGUUCAGUUCAUCACCCAGCUGAAGGAGAACGAGUCUCAGAACAUCGAAAAGUGGACCCUUGAGAAGCUCUUGACCGAGCAAGCUAUCACCGAGCUGAGUGGCAGCUGCGAGAAGUUCAAGGGUGAAAUGCAACGUGCCUGGGAUGAGGUCGAGAUCUACAAGCGCGCAUGUCGCAAUGCCGGCAUCGUCCCUCCAGAGAUAAAGGAGCGAGAGAACGCCGAGCAGAAUGGCGAGUAG